AGUUAGGUUAUGGCGUACAUUUUUGCUUACUGGAUUAUUUUUAUAAAAAUGAUAUAUCUAUAGCUGAAAAAGUAUAGUUAUGAACCUCAAGGCACUGGCUCAAGAGAAGAAUGGAGAGCUAGGAUUGCUAGGAACUCCAAAAUAUAGGGAUUAAGUAUGCUUCCCUGAAUAGCCAAUGUCUGGAAAUGGAUCGAUCUACUAAAUUAAUAACUAUAUCUGUAGCUGCCUUUAUUUGCUACUGUAAUACAUUAUUGGGAACCUUCGUUUUUGAUGAUUCAGAAGCCAUUGUCAAAAACAAAGAUGUUAUGCCCUACACACCUAUCCUCAAUAUUUUCAAAAAUGAUUUUUGGGGCACAGAUAUCACAUUGAACAGUAGCCAUAAAUCUUACAGGCCUCUAACCAUACUAUCAUACAGGUUGAAUGUUUUGUAUUCCAACAAGAAAUUGGAUGCUUUCCAAUUCCAUGCUACAAACGUCAUACUGUAUGGGCUGUUAUGCCUUCUAUCUGUCCCAGUUUUUGAGCUUUUCCUAAAAAAAUCCAAAUAUGCAAUGAACAUCCAUGACAUAGCUUAUUACUCUAGCCUCCUUUUCACUGUACAUCCUGUACAUACUGAAGUGGUUGCUGGUCUUGUAGGUAGAGCAGAUAUUCUGAGCUCUGUGUUGUUUUUUAUUGUGAUUUUAUUGUACCAGAAAGUUAGAACUUCAAAUGGGGAAACAGCUGUUGUUUGGUUUGUAAUAAGCAUGGUUUUGACUGGUUGUGCAGUAUUAUUCAAAGAAACUGCAAUAUCAGUAUUGGGUCUAUUGAUAGUCUAUGAUAUUUAUCGCCAGAAAAAGAAGUCCACUUCAUGGGGUGAAAUAUUCAGUUUUUGGUUGAUAGUCAGGUCCAUGGCAAUAAUUUUGUGUGGCUUAGCAAUCAUGUACUAUCGUUUCAGCAUCAUGAAUUUUGAAGGUCCCAUUUUUACCAGCAAUGAUAACCCAGCUGGAUAUGCUCAACAUUUUUUCACAAGGGUCUUCACAUAUAAUUACAUUUAUUUAUUAAACUUCUUAUUGCUCAUAUGGCCAGAAUGGUUGUGUUUUGACUGGUCAAUGGGUUGUAUACCCUUGAUAGAGUCAGCUUGGGACAUCCGGGCAUAUUUUGUUAUCUCUUUCUGGCUGAUGAGCAUUUAUUUGCUAUAUGCCUUGAUGAAAAAGAACUAUCAAAAUGAUAUUCUAGAUGCUCGUGUUAUGGGUGUUAGUCUGAUCGUCCUACCAUUUUUACCAGCAUCAAACUUACUCUUCACUGUCGGAUUUGUGAUAGCAGAAAGGACUCUGCUGCUGCCAAGUGCAGGAUUUUGCUUUCUAGUCAUAAUAGGUUUUAGAAAACUUCAACAAAACAGUGACAAUAAAAAGAUCUAUUCAAUAUUUUUCUAUACUUUACUCCUGAUAUUUACUCUACGAACGAUUUUGAGAAACAUGAGUUGGCUGACUGAAGAAAAAUUGUUUGCAUCUGCUCUUGAUGUUUGUCCAUUGAAUGCUAAAGUUCAUUACAAUAUAGCUAAAAUUGCUGCCGAUAAUAGCAACAAAGAACUGGCAUCAGUUAAGUACAAGAGGGCUAUAGAACUGAACCCCAACUAUGAGCAAGCAAUGAAUAAUUUGGCGAAUUUGCUACGAGAGGACAAAAAAUUUGAAGAGGCAGAGGUUCUACUAAGAAGGGCUUUAACUGUUAGACCAAAUUUUGCAGCAGCAUGGAUGAACCUUGCUAUAGUACUGACGAAUUUGAACAGAACUGAAGAAGCUGAACAUUGCUACAAAACGGCAAUCAAGCAUAGAAAAAAGUACCCUGAUUGUUUUUACAAUUUAGGAAACUUGUAUUUAGAUAUGAAGAGGAACGAAGAUGCUCUGAAGGCAUGGGAAAUGGCUGUAUUGUAUCGGCCCAGUCAUACCGCCGCAUGGAGUAACACACUAGUGCUACUUGACAGCCUGAAAAAGUUUGAGGAGGUGCUAGAGUUGGGCAGAACAGCUCUGAUGCACAAUCCCAAGAGUGCAGCUUUACACUUCACAUUCGCAAAUUCCCUUGGGAAAAUGCAGCAGUAUGAGAAAGCGGAAGGACACUUUUUGGAAGCUAUACUUUUAAAUCCGGAAAAUGCACUGUACUAUUCCAAUUUAGGUGUUUUGUAUCAUAGAUGGGGUAAAAUUUUGAAGGCCAGGGAAAUGUACAAAAAGGCUCUACAAAUCGACCCCUACUCAAAAUCUGCGGUGCUGAAUCUCAAGAAACUAUCCAAGGCUCAAGAUAGGCAAUAAAAUACAAAACACUCUCUUUUAUUUAUUUACUUCUUGUGAUUAUCUUUCUAUAUAUUAUUUAUUGACAAUGUUACUUCAAUAAAUAUGCUAGUCAUUU